AUGAGUCUGCUGCUGUCGCCCUUUGUGUGCUGCUAUGCUGGCUGCAGCGACGAAGGAGAGCUCCAGGCCGAGAUGGAAACCAAACUGAAGAUGCAGCGCUCGCCUUUCGACGCUGAAUGGCGAGAUGUGACGCAGUUAAUGAGUGCAGCUGCCAAGGAGCUCAAAGUGGGGCAGCUGGUGCACGAAGACGACUUCAACCUCUUUGAUUCCAUGUCAGCGUUAGAGCUAAUGGACCCCAAGAUGGACUCGGGGAUGCUGGUCAACGGUGUCCCACCACAGUCAAUCUCGGCUCGCCUGGAAAGCGGCUCAGUGCCUCUAGAGUUCUCAUCGCCUCGUGACGUGCUGGCUACGCUCGACGAGCUAUUCUGUUGCGAGGCGGGAUGGCUCAAUGGACUACCGCUUGCGCAGUCUCUAUUGACGAGUGUGUACAUGCACCGAGACCCGCUGAACGCUCUCUGUGCGCAGCUUGUUUCUCCAUUGGAGAGCUUAGUGGCGGUAGAUGCGGAUGUGCGACAAGUGCUGAAAGAGAAUGUGGGCAACACGGCAAAAGAUUCGCUUCUGCUUGUCGUGUGUUCGAUGAUUUUGGCGACACUGAAGACUGCGGACCUUGUGCGAGAUGCUGCUCUGCGCGCCGAUAUCUACGAGGAGGAGGAUUUCUCACCUGGAAAUGGAUUUGACGUUGGUGUUUUGGCGCCAGUUUCCGUAGAGACGAUCGAUGUCUUGCUGCAGGUGACAUUGGAAGGAUUGGAAGUGCUACUGACGCAACACAAGGCCUCGUCUUCUAAGAAAUCGUCAAAGAAGAAACACGGCAAGAAGGGAGGUGCACCAGCCACAGGCAAUUGCGAAAGCUUUAGUGCAUGUGGCUACGAACUGCUCUACCCCAACGCUCGAGUUGGUGCCAUGCUUUGUGAGGCAUUUAUUCGUCGAGUUCGGAUACGAAGAGAGCUGCUGCGUACGUACGCUGGUUUGGGCUUGGCAGAGGGGGCAUUGGAUUUGCAAGAGGCUAGAGAAGGCUUUCAUCGUGCUUACGAGCUGGUUCAAGGGAUGUCUACUGAGAGAUUGGAGCUUGACCCUGAGUGCUUUAGUGGAAAGUCUUUUGGGUUUGAUCCGAGCAUCAGUCGCCUGCUUCUGUCUGGGUCACCACCGCGUGAUGUCAAGGUGCCGUCUUUUGAUGAAGCUUUGGAGCAGACGAAGAAGGUGCUGGAGGAAAUGGUGGUUGGCUGCUCGCCACCGGAUUGGAGGUGUAUGGAAGAUCUGCGCAUCUUCUUGGUGAAGUUUUCCAGACAGCAGCCCACAAUUGUUGCUCGUUCGUACGUAUUGGUGAGUGCUGUUCUCUUCCUGUACGCCGACGGUAAAAUCUACGCCAAAUACAACUUCAUGGACUGGCUGUCUGCAUCUAUGGUGAUGAACGGCGUGCCUUCGGUGCUACUUUCAACUCAAGAAGGCGUGCUGUACUCGUCCCGGUGCAUUGAAACCGUGUACGAGUCGUUGAAGGUGUUUUUGCACAAUCGAUCUCGCCAACGCACCCGGAUUGAAUAUUUAUUGGACGAGUGGAGUAUUCUUCAAGCGGAAGCAACUGCAGUAGAUGGAAAAUUCACCACUGAGAUGAGUAUUCCGGUACCUGCCUACCCGCGAUACUUUACAGCCUGGUCUCUCGAGGAGUCGGUACAAUUGAUGCUUCAAUACGUGGUGCUGGGUCUAGAACUGGAACUCUACGCACCUUCCGAGUUUGGAACGACAUACUGGUAUCUGGACUACUUGGAAGGCUCGCGUCUUCAAAACCUGAACGUCACCUGGACUUUCGUUGAAAAAAUGAAAGAGAUUAUGCCUUCCACUCAUGGCCACGGACCUCCAGCAACGGAGCAGCCAAAAGAAGAGAGUCAUGAGCCAACUCCUGCUGAAAACGUAGCAGGUAAAUCUUCUAAAAAGGCGAAGACAAAACACAAGAAGCAUCACAAUAAUACUGGCACCACGGAAGCCCCGGAGCCUGCUCGUGAGCUUGCUGACCCCACCAAGGCGCGUUUUCUUCGUGAAAUCAAGUACACGGAGCUGCUACGCAGUCUGAUGCGCGCCUACUUCCAGCUGUUCAAUGCACUGGAGCGUGAGGACCUUGUUCAAGUCAAGACGCCCGCCUAUAGCACAUUUGCGAUCCGCUUCCAGCAUCGCUUUGCUGCGUUCCAGAAGCUUCAUUUUCCCGCUGCUCUCACGUACGAGGACUUUAGUCAGAACAGCGAUUUCUCCCUGUACGAAGUAGAUCUCAUCUACAAGUCGGCCGAGGAGUGUUUUAAGACGGCGCGUACACAUGCCGAGGCGUUGCUAAGCGACGAGGAAGCAGUCAACACACUCGUUACCGUAGGUGGCGUGGGUCUUGUUCGCGGCUUUGAGCUUCAGUCGCUGCUUAAGGUGUCCAUCUCCAAUUGCGUCCGUCUCGCACAGCGCAGCCAGAAUGCAGGAAGCAAGGCGAAGAAGACAAAGGAUUCGAAGAAUCAGAUGGAGUUCGACCUCUCGAUCCACCCACACUUCCCCGUGGUAGUCUUUCCUUCGCAGUGA